CUUCACAGUAUAGCUUUUCAACACUGCCUACCCACGGAUUUCCAGUCACUUGGCGGUUGAAUAUAGCUUGGCUGCUCCCUGUCGCUAUGGCUAAUUCCUUAGGAACCGGUGGAUCCAGUUUGAUCUAUUCCUCUCUUUCUUUCUUUCCCUUCACCAACUUGUUGAGUCUUCCCCCCACGGUGUUCCUUCUGUAAAAAAAAAAAAAAGUGCGCUGUUGCACGGCUCAGUUGUUAUUUGUGCGACUUCUUCUGACCAAAUGCCGCAAGUUUGAAUCAAGUUGAGUGUAGAGCUCGUUGGGACUGUGUCGGUCGCUUUUAAAGUGGAAAACUCGACGGGACGCGCAGAAGAGGCUUUGUCACCUGGAGGUGGAGACAACAACCACCCCCUCCCACCGUCCUUGUCUGAAAUUAUCAACUCAUUUGGCACAGGGGAGACACUUGAAGCACUCCCAAAGAACUUGAAAUGGAGGCUCCUGAUGGUUACUGUGCUAGUAACGGCCAAUGCUCUCCCGGUAAGGAGAACUCGAGAAUGUUGGCGGAUACAUCAUCACCUGAUGGACAGGUUCCUCAGGGUCCUAAUUCCCCCAGUGAACUGACAAUUAAGCAAGAGGAAGAAACUGCGGAGGAGUCUGACAACAGAAGCCUAGGACUUGGUGAAAUAGGCCAAACUGGGAAGGAAGUAGCAUUGGAGGAAUCCAUGACUGGCAGCCCAAGCAAUUUACAGGAUGGAUUAUCUGAGCCAAACAUGACAGUUGAUGCAGGAAGUCGACAACCAAAUGGUGACAGGCCGUUCCAGUGUAACCAGUGUGGCGUCUCAUUCACCCAGAAGGGAAACCUGCUGCGACACAUCAAGCUGCACACAGGCGAAAAACCCUUCAAAUGCCCCUUCUGCAGCUACGCCUGCCGGCGGCGCGAUGCCCUCAGUGGGCAUUUGCGCACUCAUGCUGUUGGCAAACCACAUAAGUGUAACUACUGUGGGCGAAGCUACAAACAGCGCACUUCCCUGGAGGAACAUAAAGAGCGCUGCCAUAGUUACCUGCAGAGUAUCGGCUUGGAUCCCAACACCAGCACUGGCCCUUACACAGGUGAGGUCCCUCAAGAGCCGAGGCCCAUGGCAGAGCCCAACAACAUGGCUACUUUUGAUCGGCCGCCUGUUAUUGAAAGGCUUCACAGCAACGUGGGCAAGAGGAAGAGCACCACUCCUCAGAAAUUUGUGGGAGAAAAGAUGGUACGCUACAGGUACCCUGAACUAGGAUAUGAGAUGGGCCUAAAGUAUGAGAAGCAACAUGAACUGAUGUCGGCCCACAUGAUGGAUCAGGCCAUCAGCAAUGCCAUAACAUACCUAGGAUCGGACACUCUUCGGCCCAUGCUGCACCAUCCAGGCCCUCCUAUCUCUAUGGCUGAAGGUGUGCCCAUGGUCACCCCCCUCUUCCACCAUGUCCUGCCUUUGGGCCAACGAACAGAGCGUCCAGGAAACUGUGACACGCUGCCACCACAGCCACCUCAGCCCCAUGACUUCCCCAGCCAUCCCACCACAAAUGGCCCCACUGCUUUAACCAGGCAGGGCAAACUCCUCCAGCCAGGGCAAGAAGAAUCUCCCAGCAACAGUGGAGUUGAUUCUGCUGACUCAGCUCGCAGCAGCCCUCACGAGAGGCCUGGCUACCACGGGAACAACCCCACUCCCAGCCUCAAGUCUCGAGCCAGUCCAGCAGUGGUUUAUUCAGGUGAGCGGGUGACAGAAGCAUCACCCAGAAGUUUGCCAGGCAUGAGGACUGGAGUAAUGCGAGUGGCCACAGAGAGGCCUGUUAACCAUGAAGGGGUGCGGGUGUUCGGACGAGAGGGCCAAGAGUUGCGAGCCUUCCAGUGCGAGCAUUGUCGUGUACUCUUCCUGGACCAUGUCAUGUACACCAUCCACAUGGGUUGCCACGGAUACAGAGAGCCAUUAGAGUGCAACAUCUGUGGUCACCGCAGCAAAGACCGCUAUGAGUUCUCCUCUCACAUAGUCCGUGGUGAACACACCUUCCAGUAAGAAGAUGGGUAGGAAUUAAGGGAAAGGAGCAAUAGCCCCAUAUUCGUUCUUAGACUGCACAGUUCAACGGCACUGUGGACAAGUGUAGCACAACCAUAGCAUAGACUUCUUUUUAAGCCACUUAUUGUGAAUCUGAACAAUCAAAUGAAGGUAUGGGCCAAAGACACAUUUUCUACAUAUUUAAGAUUAUCAAGAUCAUAUAUACAUCAGAUUCAUUUUACAAGAAGGAUGGUAAGUUUUUUCUUUUCUCUCAAAAUGUUCAUGAUUUGUAUAACAGAGCAGCUGUCAGACAACGUUGACUAGUUUUCCAUUUUAGUCUUAUUUGUAAAAUGUCUUUUGUUGUGCUUGUCCUGUCAUGCUUUUGCAUAUUUUCACUAUCAAGAAGUAAUGAACACAUAGAAAUGCAGUUCAACCUGAAAGAAUGAAAACAGAGUUAAAGUCUUCAGGUUGUCUCUAAUUCAAUUAAAUAAAAAUACUAGCAUUUAUGAAUUGUUUCAUGUGCAUAAUAGCAGUAUGGCAUUGAACUGGCUUAUUUACUGUGGGAUAUCACACAGUAUCUGUGCAGUUUUCUUUUUCUUUCUUUUUUAUGAUGUUGCCAUGGGCCGUCAUAAAUGUCUGUUUUUUGUCUGUUUUUCCUAUGAACAAUGGUGGGAUACACAUAAUAUUAUGGUCAACUGGUGCUGUGUGUUCCAGCUGCAAGCAACUUGGUGUCCUUUUGGACUUUACUGCCGAUGGUGUGGUUGUUUGUGGUUGUAUCUAUCUGCAGCUGUAGAAAUUUGACCAGUCAUGCCAUCAUCUUCAGUAUUUAGUUCUGCUUUAGUAUUGCCAUGUAUAACUGCAUAAUUUAAAUGAAUUAAAAUAGAUAGGUUAACACCAAGAUUGUAGUAAUUAAAAAUAAACAAUUAGAAAGUACUGCCUUUGACUCUACCCCUAAUAAUAGAUAAAACAACAAAUGGCCUACAAUUUCUGAGACUUUUUUAUUCUUUUAGUCCUGUAUAUAAGUUAAGAUAACUUAGAGGAUUUAAAUACAAUCUGUGCAAAUGUAUAUAUAUCACAAUUUGUACAUAAAUUGUGGUAAUCAUACUGUAAAUGCACAAAUGUAAAUACAAGUAACAUACAGUACAUUCAAUGCAUUUUAAAUCAUUCAUGUCCAUAUUAAUACAUACUACUGUAAAGUUUGUGAGGUUAAAGCCUAAAUGUAAGCCAAAGUUAUGUCGUAAAGCUAAUGCUAACAGGGCUACAUAGCUAGCUGGUAGCAGAAAACUAACUCUUUACAGUCGCUUUGUAAAAUUCAGCUGUUAUAGCGAUAGUUAAAACACUUUGACUGACAUAUUGCAUAAAAGGGCUGUUUUUUCAUUGUCUUUGAUUCACUUGAGUAAUGGGCCAGCUAUGCUAGCAAAACAAUUCUAGCUGUGCUAUUUAGCUAACUGAGGUUAUAUUUACUAUCACCACCCAAUAGUUUUACAUUCAUCUGCACAAGAAGCAUUUCCAAUUCAACUUAAAUAUAAUGCAUUUGGAGCUCAGUAAUUUAAUAAAAUGAUAAAAUACACUCAACUUUAUUUAUAUAGUCAAUGCAAAUAAUUAUACACUUAAAAGUGUCAUCUGGCCUACAUUUGUAAAUCUUAUAUAUUUGUCUCAUGAAACUACAUUUGUUGCUUGUAUUGACACUUAUUUAUCUCCAUGGUUAUCAGCCUCUGUUUAGUUUUGCAUUUACAAGGUAGAAUUAUUAAUUGAUCAUGAAGAAAAAUCACAGUGAAAGGAACACACAAGUACAGGAAGUACACAAUGCGUAUCCUGAUUAUAUGUGUCAGCCUUGUGCCCCAAAAAAGUUCAAUAACCAUGUUUUUAUCAUCUGCCAAGGUAAUGUAUUCUUCACCAAAAUAACCAUUUAACCAAAUAUAUUAUGUAUUUGUUUCACUGGCUGCUCCUUUAUAAAAUGAUUAUCCCAUGGUGACUUGUGGCUUAGGUGUUGCUUGCAGUUUGAGCAUUCAGUUGGAUUUCUAAACUAGUAUCAUGGUUUGUUUGAAACUUGCAAUGGAUACCAAAGGCAUAAAGGAGUCUAAAGAUACUGCAUGGGCUGCUCUUCUCUUGUGUACCUCACUUUAUGUUUUUGCUCAACUUUUUGAUCCAACCUACUUUGUGUUUUAGUUUGGAUGGCUGUGUACAGUAUGUAAACGUUAGUGUCUUUUUUCAGUGCAUUGGUACGGGGUCAGGUAGGGUAUGCAUUAUUUGAGCUGUUUUCCAGCAUGGAAAUACAUGCUUAUUUGUCUAGUUCAAUGCCAUCUUUUAAUUAUAUUUGUGUGUCAUGACAAAUAUAGGGAAACAUCACAAACUCACCACAAAACUCUGCUUUGUCCUUUGCAGAUUUGUGUAGCGCUGCUUUAUUUGCAGUUGAAAGCCUACAUUUAACUGCAUCAUGGGAAUUGAGGGAAUUCUCGAUGUGUAUGGUGGCCAUUUUUCAUUUUUAAUUCUUGCCAUGAUGUCGCUACAUUCAUGUAUGAUCUUAUACAGAGUGCAUCAAGAACAAGACAGCAUGUGCAAGGGGAAAGCAAGUGUGGUUAACACUUAGUGAUGAAGGCACUUCCAAGGCACUCAGAACUGUAGCAUUCCUCAUUCCUAGCUCAUGUAUGCAAAAUGUAAAUAGCAACUAAGAGAUUAGCCACUUUCCACCUCCAAAUCUCUUGUCCAUCACCUACAGUGUGUUGAACGAUAACAGAUUAUUUAUUAGUAAGGCUAGCUGCGGCUCUUUCAUUAAUGUCUUUGAACAGAUAAGACUGUGCUUUGUACAGUUGGCCCUGCACUUUACGUUCAUACCCUGACUAUAGACAGCAUUGUAGUUUUGUUUUGUUUUACAUUAAAGUGUAGGUAAAGGGGAAACAAUCAUUGGCAGAACACAGGUUAGUCGUUUCUCUGAAAGAACCACUUUGGAGAUGCACAUUGCAAAGGAAGUUGUAUGCUGUCCAAGUUUAUGAUUGUUGUAACAUCACUCACAAGAAAUUUGGCAUUGCUAGUUUUACAGUUUAAGUUUUGCUCAUUAUUAUGAACAGUUGAUUGUUCUCUAAGGUUAAACUCAGUGAUUUAUUCUGCUAUGUCCAAUGUCUAUUUGUGAUCAAAAGGCAGCUUUUUCUCUGUUUACAUGUUGCUUCUCUUAUGCGCAACUAGUGCCCAGCUAGCAUAAAAACCUACUGUCUGGAAAUUAAUGGCACUGGGAAUUGUUUACACCUCGCAGCUGUGAAAUUGACUCUAUGUAUUCCUCUAUUAUAUCUGUCCUGUAUAUAUUUGUUACCUGAAGCCUUAUCUGUUAAGACAGGGGUCCUCCUAAAACAACACAUCUUUUAAAGAACUCUAUGAUCAAAUGUAAAUUUAUGCUACCCUGAUUUUUCAUCCGUAAUCCUCUUUCAAAGGAAUACAAAUAGACAGACCAGAACUUUAUUAACUUCAACUGGGCAUAAUAUAUGAUGUUCAAAUGAAAUGUUAUUUCCUCCAGGUUAUAUUUGGUAAGACUUUGAACGCAGAAGUAUUUUUUCUUUUUCUCAUGCUAAUGUAAUAAGGACAGCCUUACACAUUCUUUAAAUGAAGCAGCCAUAUGAACAAAAACAAUACAGAGAAAGGUCUUCUGUCAGCCCUCGUUGUGAGUGAGGAGUUUACUUGAAUAUCAAAAUCAUUGCUAUUGAUUCUGAUUGCGGGGAUGUUUUUGUAAAUUUUGAAAAUGCAUAUGCUAAAUGUCUAUUUUUCUGCUGAAAUGUUAAUGCAAAUAGUUUUGUGAACUUUUGUGUGUUUUUUUUAAUUUUAAAAAUGUUUACAAAGAUGUAAAAUAUAUGGUACAGGUGAAUUGUAUUUUAUAAGAAAUAAUAUAUGAAAGGUGUAUAUUUUGGCACUGAAUAUUGAGAUUAUCCAAAAACGUGCCGAUUGAUCAUCUCUGAUAUUGACAACAACUUUCUGAUGUGAGGGCUCUCAGGUAUUUGCGUAGGUUUUGUAUUUUUAUGUCCUAAAAUAUGUGAUUUUAUUUAUCAAAAAAGAUGCACAGUAAUUGAAAUAGUUUGGUAAUUCUCAUGAUUUAAAUCAGUCCAACACUGAGUGUGGUGAAGGAAGUUAGAUGAUUGAUCAGCCCUGUUUACAACAUCAAUGACAUAACAUGAAGACACACUGCUGUGAAGGAUACAAUGUAUAUUUUUAAGGCAUGGGGUUCCCUCUAUUAAAGACAUGAUUUUA